AUGUGGACUGCCGAGGCGAGUUGAGUACUCGAAUAUUGAAUCCCUAACUCGGUACAAAAUAAAACUCAGAACCAAGCUCCUAGCUCUGGGCCUCUGCGUGACAAUGGAGCCAGAAAUUCAGCUGAAAAUUCAGGAAGCAGUAUUCGACAUACUAAAGAAAGCUGACAUGGACGAGAUGACUGAGUUCAAGGUCCGUGUCGCGGCUUCGGAGAGACUCGGUUUCGACCUAUCUGAUAUCCACUGCAAGAGAUUCAUCAGAGGCUUGGUUGAAUCCUUUUUGCUCUCUACAAUGGAGGUAGGUGCCGAGGACGGUAAAGAGGCUGAUGCCAUGGAUGGAGUUCAAGUGAAAACCCGAGAAAUGGCGCGAGAAGGACAGGAGGCAAUGCAUGAGAAGGAAUUUGAUGGCAUGGGAAAUCACAUUAUUUGUAAGCUAUCGAAGAAAAGGAACGUGGUGAUUCAGGACUUUAAAGGGAAAUCUUCAGUAUGGAUCAGGGAAUUUUAUCAUAAAGAUGGAAGACAGGUUCCUACUAAUAAAGGAAUUAGCUUGACACCUGAACAAUGGUCAGCCUUUAGGAAGAGUGUCCCUUUAAUAGAAGAAGCCAUUAUAAAGAUGACAUCCAAUUUAAGGCAAAUCUCUAACACGGCGACUUCCUCUACUCGCAGACUUAAUGGAGAAGCCUCUAAUUUGGCAACUGCUUCUAUGCCGCAUAAUGAACAGGUCUCUACAUCAGUGACUAAUUCUACUCCUAAUGAACAUAAUGGCCAAGUUACUGAUUCAGUGAUUGCAUCUUCUCUUCGUGAAUUUAUUCCUUUUGACAUCAAUCGUUUUGAUGGGAAGAAUUAUCAGUUCUGGGCACCCCAUAUGGAAUUGUUCCUAAAUAAAUUGAAGAUUGCAUAUGUCCUCACUGAUCCAUGCCCUACUGUUGCUAUAAGACCAGAAGCAAGUGCUGAAGAAAUUGCUCAAGCCAAAGCUGCUGAGAAGAAGUGGUUUAAUGAUGAUCAUCUGUGUCGCCACAACAUCUUGUCUUCUCUAUCUGAUGCUCUUUAUUAUCAAUAUUCAAAGAAGACUAAGAGUGCCAGAGAACUUUGGGAAGAACUAAAAUUAGUUUAUCUUUAUGAGGAGUUUGGAAAGAAGAGAUCUCAGGUUAGAAAUUACAUUGAAUUUCAGAUAGUAGAUGAAAGACCAGUUCUGGACCAAGUUCAAGAACUUAAUAACAUUGCAGAUUCUAUUGUUGCUUCUGGAAUGUUUUUUGAUGAGAAGUUUCAUGUUAGUGCCAUUAUUUCCAAGCUUCCCCCAUCAUGGAAAGGCUUCUGCAUCAAGUUAAUGUGUGAGGAAUAUCUGCCUUUUCGGAUGUUGAUGGACCAUGUAAGGAUGGAGGAAGAGUCUCGCAACCAAGAAAAGCAACUGGAGUCUUCCAAUUCUGCAUGCUUUAAUCAUGCUAAGAAUCUAGGACCAAGGAUGAAAGAUAUGAAGAAGCCAAGAAUGAAUGGGAAGAGACUAGAAACAGAGAGAGAUAACAAGGCCUUGGUCUGCCACUUUUGUGAGAAAAGGGGGCAUAUUUCUAAGCACUGUCGAAACAGGAAGUUUGAGAAGGAAGCUAAUGAGAAGCUUGACGAAGAGAAAUUGUAGGAGCCUGCAGUUACAGAAGUGAAGACGGAGCACUGUUGAGUAGCCCAUCAAUGUGGUUAAUGCCUGUUUUAAUUUGUAGCAUGGAAAUGCUUUUUCUGUUUUUGCUUAUUUGGUGGGUUCAGACUUCAGAGGAAGAUUCAGGAUAAAUGCUUUACUGGACACUUAACUAAGGUUUUGAGGGCUAUUCCUCUUGUGAGUCCUGCACUAGUUUGUAAAGAAGUUCCAGCUGUUUUUAGCUAUUCUUUGCGAAAGCCAAUGGCUAUUGUACAAUAUUAGAACCAACCCAAGGUCAACGGGAUUAUACGGUAUUUAUAGUUUCCAUUGCGCUUUUGCGCUGACUAUUGACCCCUUAACAUAGAUUUUCUCCUGUUACUUAA